GUAUGUAAGUGUGUAUAUAUAGAGAGAGAGAUGGAAUGGGAUGGGGUGAGGGUGAGAAAUAAAGAGUUUUACCUUGGUUGGAACAGAAGAAAGAAACAAAACAACCCACAGACAAUGGAUAAUAAAGAUAAGAAAAAAAAGCAAUCUAUGACUCCAUCUGAGAACCAUGAAACGAAGCUUGCAACAAUACCACCACGAGACCUGAAAAUAGUAUGGGGAUCUGAUGACACUCAGUGGACAAUUAAGGAUCCAAACGACGAUGAACAGAGCUAUGCAGAAGCAAUCAAAGUGACAUGGCUUGAAGUAAAAGCAACAUAUAAGGGGGCAAAACCAGGGAGCCAUUAUAAGAUUGGGUUCAACAUCAGCCUAAAUUCUGAUGCGUUUGGGUGGGAUAGCAGUCCAGUGUUCAUGAUGGCUAAGGUUGGAGAAUCGGGAUACUACACUUGGAAGAGGAUUUAUUUCAAUAUCAUCGAGGCCGGGAAGUCGCCUAUCAACUUUCCCAGCAAUUUCGAGAUCAGUGUUCCAGUCUCAGCCAAGGACACCACCCUGUUCUUUGGCCUUUAUGAAAUUUGGGGUGGCAGAUGGAAGGGAGGCUUGCGCAUUCAUCAUGCCUUUGUUACCAAAAUUUGAUCCACUCUCCUCUCUUUCUUAAUUACUCUAUAUCUAAACUUCACACUACUCUCUAUUUCUCUAUGCGUGACACCACUGUGUUCUUUUUUCUUUCACUCUUUGAACAUUGUAUGUUACCAUCUAAAUAAUCCAUACAAUCUCAUUUAAACUCCA